UGACCGUCCCGUUUAAAGUGUGUCUGAAUCUUCACUUGGCGUCUAGUCUCUCUGUUGGGGUGCACACGGAUUGACCACUUCUUUUGGGCAUUUUUUUCCUUGGAUAUCUGGGGAGGGAAAAAGCUAAUCCACAAACAUGACUGACGCGCAACAAGAGGCCCGCUCCUACCUGAGCGAGGAAAUGCUGGCUGAGUUCAAGGCCGCCUUCGACAUGUUCGACACCGACGGUGGCGGCGACAUCAGCACCAAGGAGUUGGGCCAGGUGAUGAGGAUGCUGGGCCAGAACCCCACGAGAGAGGAGUUGGAUGAGAUCAUCGAGGAGGUCGAUGAGGAUGGUAGCGGCACCAUCGACUUCGAGGAGUUCUUGGUCAUGAUGGUGAGGCUGCUCAAGGAGGACCAGGCCGGCAAGAGCGAGGAAGAGUUGGCGGAGUGCUUCCGUAUCUUCGACAAGAACGGCGACGGCUACAUCGACAGAGAGGAGUUUGCCCAAAUCAUCCGCAGCACCGGAGAGCCCGUCUCAGAGGACGAGAUCGAUGAGCUGAUGAAGGACGGAGACAAGAACUCAGACGGCAUGCUGGACUUUGACGAAUUCCUCAAGAUGAUGGAGAAUGUGCAGUAAAACCAGAAAGACUUGUGGACAUUCCUCCUCUUCCUCCUCCCUGUGAACCCCCAUUCUGAAUCCCCCUCCCAAACCCACUCCCUCCUGUCCACUGCCUCUCCUCUCCACCCUUAUAGACAUCCUGAACAGACAGCUAGGGCACCCGGCAGGGGUCACUGGGAGGGCGUGGGUGCUUCAGUCACUCGCUCUCUUGUGAAUGCAGACAGCCCGUGGAUACUGAGCUGACACCGUACCCCGACAUCAGCGAGCCCCCCAUGCCCCGGUAAAGAUCUGAUCUAGAAGUAGAUCUCGAUGGAACGGCAGCCUGUUACCUGCUGCUUAGACCAAUUCAGUCAACCACUUCACUGUACAAAGACGUAACUCGCUUGAACAGAAUAAAUGAAUUAACUCAUG